CCAACCCAUAAGUGAUAAGCCAACACCACUUUCCAGUUUCCAUCUUCCAGAAGAGUCUAGGAGUGUGCAUCUUUCCCCUCCUGCAGUCACCCAAGCGAGACGUCUCCCUUCCCUCCAAUCACUACUGCCAUUACCAUGAAACGUUCAGUCGAAGACGUUUCCGCCAUAACCACCGCCACCACCGCCGCCGCCAAGAAGCCAGUCUUCCUUACCAAAGCCCAGCGCGAAGAAUUGGCCCUCAAACGCCGUCAACAAGAAGCCGAUCAACUCCACCAUCGCCGUCAAGAGCUCCUCUCCUCCCUUGGCCGCCCCUCUGACGUCUCCACCUCUACUUCCAACCAUGACUCCAAGCCCUCCGAUUCAGACCGCCUCCGCGACCGCGACCGCGACAGGGACCGCGACCGUGACCGCGACCGGGACCGCGACCGGGACCGCGACCGUGACCGUGACCGUGACCGUGACCGACGCGAUCGAGAGCGCGACCGGGACCGUGAGUUUGAGCGGCGGAGCCAUCGCGAGAGGGAUCGCGAAGAGGAGGCUAGGGCUCGCGAGCGCGAACGUGCACGCUUAGAGAAAUUGGCGGAGCGAGAGCGUGACAAGGAGCUGGAUGCCAUCAAGGAGCAGUACCUGGGGUCGAAGAAGCCCAAGAAGCGGGUCAUCAAACCGAGCGAGAAAUUCCGCUUCUCUUUCGAUUGGGAGAACACGGAGGACACCUCCCGCGACAUGAACGCUCUCUACCAAAACCCUCACGAGGCCCAGCUCUUGUUCGGACGGGGCUUCCGUGCCGGAGUGGACCGCCGCGAGCAGAAGAAGCUAGCCGCCAAGAAUGAGAAGGAGAUGCGGGAGGAGAUUCGCCGAAAGGAUGGCGUGGAGGAGAGGCCCGAAGAGGCGGCGGCGCAGAAGCUCAAGGAACAAGCCGCUGAUCUCUACGACACCUUCGACAUGAGGGUGGAUCGCCACUGGAGCGAGAAGAAGCUGGAGGAGAUGACCGAGAGAGACUGGAGAAUAUUCAGGGAGGACUUCAACAUCUCCUACAAGGGCUCCAAGAUCCCUCGACCCAUGAGGGCUUGGGCCGAGAGCAAACUGAGUCCCGAGCUGUUGAAGGCGGUGGAGAAAGCGGGGUACAAGAAGCCCUCCCCCAUACAGAUGGCGGCCAUUCCGCUCGGUAUGCAACAGCGCGAUGUGAUUGGGAUUGCGGAGACUGGCUCUGGUAAGACUGCUGCUUUUGUUCUUCCCAUGCUUACAUACAUUACCAGGCUUCCUCCCAUGAGUGAAGAGAACGAGGCCGAAGGCCCUUAUGCCGUUGUAAUGGCUCCCACCCGCGAGCUUGCGCAGCAGAUUGAGGAGGAGACUAACAAGUUCGCCAAGCAUUUGGGGAUCAAAGUGGUAUCCAUUGUUGGCGGUCAGUCCAUUGAGGAGCAGGGUUUUAGGAUUAGGCAAGGUUGUGAGGUUGUCAUUGCUACGCCGGGACGUUUGAUUGAUUGCUUGGAGAGGCGCUAUGCGGUUCUGAAUCAGUGCAACUAUGUUGUUCUUGAUGAGGCCGAUCGCAUGAUUGAUAUGGGUUUCGAGCCACAGGUUGUGGGUGUCUUGGAUGCCAUGCCUUCUAGCAAUUUGAAGCCCGAGAACGAAGAUGAAGAGCUUGAUGAGAAGAAGAUUUACAGAACCACAUAUAUGUUCAGUGCCACCAUGCCGCCUGCUGUGGAGCGCCUUGCGAGAAAGUAUUUGAGAAACCCUGUGGUGGUAACGAUAGGCACUGCUGGAAAGGCCACUGAAUUGAUAUCCCAGCACGUGAACAUGGUGAAGGAAUCGGAGAAGUUUUAUAGGUUACAGAGAUUGCUUGACGAACUUGGCGAUAGGACUGCAAUUGUCUUUGUGAACACUAAGAAGAAUGCAGAUAACGUUGCGAAGAACUUGGAUAAGGCAGGCUACCGUGUGACAACUUUGCAUGGUGGGAAGUCACAGGAGCAGAGGGAAAUUAGCCUCGAGGGUUUUAGGACCAAGAGAUUCAAUGUCCUUGUUGCCACUGAUGUCGCAGGACGUGGAAUUGACAUACCUGAUGUGGCCCAUGUCAUAAAUUAUGAUAUGCCUGGGAAUAUUGAGAUGUACACGCAUCGUAUUGGACGAACGGGCCGUGCGGGCAAGACUGGUGUGGCCACAACAUUCUUGACUCUUCAUGACACUGAUGUCUUUUAUGAUCUCAAGCAGAUGCUUAUCCAGAAUAAUAGUCCUGUUCCUCCUGAGCUUGCAAGGCACGAGGCUUCCAAGUUCAAGCCGGGUUCAAUUCCUGAUAGACCACCAAGACGCAAUGACACUGUUUUUGCUCAUUGACAAGUUUGAAGUUUUUAGAGACGCUUUUUUCAAGUGAAGGCUCGAUCUCGUUGUGCCAGAUUACAGUUUUGGUUGCCGAGACUUGGUUCUUCAGGCAAGGAACUGACAUUGCUCUUCUGAUGGGAAUAUAAUCAUUGAGAACCUGAUUGUUCAAGUCUACUGCCCUUGAUGCGGUAAUUGAUGUCAUUACUUUUUUCUGCUGCAGUAUAGUUGCUCUCCUGCUGAUUAUUAGAGUAGGAAUAUUUUCACGAUGGUAUCAGUGGAGAAUGUUAUAAUAUUUGACCUCCCAUUUCAUUAAUGUCUGCUGAUUUUUACUUGA